AUGACUACCCAGGCGGGGGUGGCUCUGUCUGAAGCAUCCCCUCAGCGAAAGCCCCGGCCCCAGCGCCUCCGGGAAUGUCACGCCGUCGGCGCCCCCGCCCAGGCCCGCUACCCCCCCGGGGCCAAAGUUGUUAUAUCGGCGCCGCUGUCGAGGGGCUCUCUCUUCUGGCUAGCGGGGCGGAGGAAUCACCGUCCGCAGUGCCCCCCACCGAAAGUCUCCCCCCCCCUCCCCAAGUGCCGGGAAGGCUUGCCCCUUCGAGCCCCCCUUCGAGACCCGGGGCAAGGCGGGGGGAUUCUGCCUAGACUCCCUUCGGUUGAAUUCCCCCCGGCCCCGCCAGAGGCCAGACCCCCAGCCAACUGGCAAACAUCUACCCCCGCCAAAUCGCCGGCCUCAAAGCCUCAGUGGCGCCCAGGGCCCAUCAUGUUGCCGGCGUGCCACCCCCCUGCCAACCGCCCCCUCUCGAAAGCGCCGGCUCCAAGCCCUCCUCUCCCCCCAGUGGUGCCCGCCGACACCCCCCUUCCACGUGGUCAGCAUGCCAUUCCUUCGCUCCCAUGGCCGUUGAACCAACUGGCUAGCAUACUUGCCGCACAGAUACGGGCUCGAGGCCCGUCAUCCGGCUUCCCCCCUCAAGCGCCCGGCGCUGCCGGAUCAAUUGAUGGGGAGGUGUAA